AUGAAGAUUCUUUCAGAAGACGAAAAAAACGCACAUAUGAACUAUGUGUUGUCACAGGGAGCUAAAGGUUUAGUUUACGGUGGUGUUGUAUCUGCUGGUAUCUAUUCCUUCUUCAAAUACAGAAGACCAGCAAGGUUUGCUACUUUUACUGCUAGUGUUAAAGCAGCCAUUAUUGCUGUUCCAACUAUUGGUAUUUCUGCUUUCUGGGCUGAUCAGGGUUCAUGGGAGUUCGACAAGAUGAUGCAUCAAUCAGAAUACACCCAGCAACAAAUGUUGCAAGAACAUAGGAAAUUCAAUAGUUUAUCAACCUCAGAAAAGAUUUUCACGACAUUGGGUGCUCACAAGUACCAAAUCAUUGUUGCUGCUUGGGCUGCAUCACUUUAUGGAUCAUGGACCAUAAUUAAUAGAGAUAAAGUUAUGACUACUGCUCAAAAGGCAGUGCAAGCAAGAGUCUAUGCACAAGCUAUUACUGUUGUUUUGUUAUUGGGCACUAUUUUGUUGAGUUUGAAAGAAGCCGAAAUCAACAAGAACAAACCUGCGCCUCUUCCUCAUUGGAAGCAGGUUUUAAUCGAAAAGGAAGCUGAGAAACAGGAGGCUGAACAUAAAGUAGCAGAGGAAAAACGAAUCGCCUCUGAAAAGAAAGAGACUUUAUAG